CGGGAAUAUUUGAGCGGCAUGCGAAGCAACCACUUUCAACCAGUCGACAAAACAACCAUCCCUCUCGUCUCGCGCCGAGGAAAUGCCCCAUGGAUUUGACCGGUGCCUGGGGAGAACAGAAAAAUGGAGAACCUGGUGCACAGGUCCCGGGGAUUAAGUCUGGCAUAUCAGGGUCAGAGCUUCACCGGUUUGAUAGAGGUGGCCUCCAAAGCAGAGAAUCCAGGAGUCAUCACUACGUCCAGGAGAUUGAGAACUGGGGGAACUAAUUCAGAUGGCGGUGGUAAUGGAAGUGGGGUGGGGAUUGCUGGGGAGGCGUGGCGGGGUACACUGAUGAUGGAUAU